AUGGCGCAUCGUGACCGCGAACGCGAUCCGCGCGAACUGCAGCGUGAGCCGUACCCGCCCCAACCGCCGCCGCCCUCACAGCAGCAGCAGGGCCAGCCCCAAGGCCAGCAGCCGCACCACAGCUCGGCCGGCUCCAUCCCCAUCCACCAGCCUGUGGCGUCGCGCAUCUCGGGUGCCAUCCACAGCCCCAACGGGCUUUUGGCCAACCAUGGCGCCGGGGCCGGCGCUGCACCUCCUCCGCCCCAGCAGCAGCAACAGCCGCACGGCGGACCUCCUCCUCCGCCGUCGGGCUAUGGCGGCCCGCCGCCGCCCAUGCACGGCGCUGGUGGUGAUCCGAACCGGCCACACCCAUCUUCUCUACAGGAACAGCAGCAGCAGCAGCAGCAGCAGCAGCAACAGCAACAGCAGUCCAUGUACUACAACGCCGGACCCGCUCCGCAAAACAGCGCGAUGGGCCCCUCCGGGGGACCUCCGCCUGGGUUUGGAGGCCCUCUUCCGCCCGACGGCCGGGGCGGACCGCCGCCUCCUCCAUCGUACGGCGCCGGUGGCAUGGGCCCUGGCCAUGUCGGACCGCCGCCAGCUGGUCCUCCUGGACCGCAAGGCGGCCCGCAGAGCGCCCAGCAGCAGCCCUCGGGAGGCGUGUCUCAAGGCCAGCAGCCGAUUCUCAAUGACGCGUUGAGCUACCUCGACCAGGUCAAGGUGCAGUUCCACGAGCAGCCGGACGUCUACAACCGAUUCUUGGAUAUCAUGAAGGACUUCAAGAGCCAGACCAUCGAUACUCCGGGCGUCAUCAACCGCGUGUCCGACCUGUUCGCUGGCCAUCCCAACCUCAUCCAGGGGUUCAACACGUUCCUCCCUCCGGGCUACCGCAUCGAGUGCGGCCUCGAGAACAACCCCAACAGCAUCCGCGUCACGACCCCGUCCGGCUCGACCAUCCACUCGAUCGGGGCCGGCCGCAACCUGGCCCAGGACGGGCCCCACGCCCCGCCUGGCCAAGGCAACAUGUUCCUUGGGCCCCGCUCCUGGCCCCAGCAGCCCCAGCAACAGGCGCCGCCGUCCCAGCACGUCCAGCACAGCGUAGAGGGACCUGAGGGCCAGUACGGCGGGCCGGGCCAGAACGUCCCUCCCCAAGGACCUGGCCCCUACGGCCACGGCGGCGCCGGAUCGGCCAUAUACGACGGACCGCGUGGGCCCCAGGGCGGUCCUGGUGGCCCCGGUGGCCCCGGUGGCCCCGGCCAGGCUGCUGUGCAGCCGCCUGUGCCGAGGAGCACGCACACGCCCGCACCGUCCGGCGCUGCUGCGAACGGCGCCGCGUCUCAGCAAGCAAGCGGCGAGAAGCGCGGCCCUGUCGAGUUUAACCAUGCCAUCUCAUACGUGAACAAGAUCAAGAACCGAUUCCAGGACAAACCCGAAAUCUACAAGCAGUUCCUCGAAAUCCUGCAGACAUAUCAGCGCGAGCAGAAGCCGAUCCAAGAGGUCUAUGCACAGGUUACCACCCUGUUUAGCGGCGCUCCCGAUCUGCUUGAGGACUUUAAGCAGUUCCUCCCGGAGUCCGCUGCCCACGCCAGACCGGCUGGUGGCCGUCCCAGCGAGGACGUUCCUGCCGCCGCCGCGGCUGUCCUGGCCGCUCAAACGACGCCGCCCAGCCAGACCGCGCGCGACGGGCCCAAGAUGCCUCCCGUCGGCAACUUCGCGCCGCCCUCCAGCACCACCAAGGAGAACAAGAAACGCCCCCGCCAGGACAAGCAGGCGCCCGCUCCUGUGCCUCCGCCCGCCGAGCUCACAUCGGCCUCCACAUCGGCCGUUCGCGGCCUGGCCCCCGUGGCCGCCAACAAGCGCGCUAAGCUUGCGCAUAAGGGCGCUCUCGACGUCGCGCCUCUUGUGGAGCCCACUCUGACGCCCACCAUGCCGGGCCCGCUCCCGCGUGUUGGCUACAUCCAGGACACCCAGGACGGCCUCCACUUCUUUGAGCGCGUCAAGAAGUUCCUGCCCAACAGGACCACCAUGAACGAGUUCCUCAAGCUCAUUAACCUGUACCGCCUGGGCCUCAUUGAGCUCAACGUCCUCGUGACCAAGAGCCACUCCUUUAUUGGCGGCAACGCCGAGCUCUUCAACUGGUUCAAGACCUUUGUUGGCUACACCGGCGAGGACGAGGUCGUCGACAACCAGCCCGCGCCGCCCUCGGGCAAAGUCUCUCUCAGCAACUGCCGGGGCUUCGGCCCCAGCUACCGCCUUCUGCCCCGCCGCGAGCGCCUCAAGCGCUGCAGCGGCCGCGACGAGCUCUGCAACUCGGUCCUCAACGACGAGUGGGCCUCUCACCCUACCUGGGCCUCGGAGGACUCUGGCUUUGUCGCCCACCGCAAGAACGGCUACGAGGAGGGCCUGCACCGCAUCGAGGAGGAGCGUCACGACUACGAUUUCUACAUUGAGGCCAACCAAAAGUUCAUCCAGCUGCUCGAGCCCCUGGCCCAGCAAAUGCUGACCCUGGCCCCCGCCGAGCGCGAGAGCUUCCGCAUGCCCCCCGGCCUGGGCGGCCAGAGCACGUCCAUCUACAAGCGUGUUCUCAAGAAGGUCUAUGGCGUCGACAAGGGCGCCGACGUGGCCAACGACAUGUUUGCCCAUCCGUUUGCUGCGGUCCCCGUCAUCAUGGCCCGUCUCAAGCAAAAGGACGAGGAGUGGCGCUUCUCCCAGCGCGAGUGGGAGAAGGUCUGGAUGGCCCAGACGGAGGCCAUGCAUCUCAAGAGCCUCGACCACAUGGGCAUCCAGGUCAAGUCGGCCGACAAGCGCAACCUGUCGGCCAAGCACCUCGUGGACCUGAUCAAGACGAAGCACGAGGAGCAGCGCCGCGCCGUCGCGUCGGGCAGCGGCAAGGCCGGCGUGCACCAUUACCUCUGGGACUUUUCGGACCGCGACGUGCUGCUGGAUCUGCUGCGCUUUAUGAUCCUGUACGUCCUCAACAGCGGGCAGCACGGCGCCGCCGAGAAGGAGCGCAUCACCGACUUCUUCGAGACGUUCGUCCCGCAGUUCUUUGACCUGCCCGAGGAUCUUGUCCUGCAGCGGCUCAGCGACAUUGACCGCGAAUCGGGCGAUGAGGAGGGCGACGACGCGACACCCACCGAGCUGACCAACGGCCGCACGCGCCGCUCGGCCAAGAAGUCAGAUCUCCUGCGCGGUGUGCUGGACCCCGGCCGCAACGGCAGCUCCAAGUCGGGCUCGGCCGCGCGCCACCAAAAGGAGGACACAGCCGGCUCCGUGUCCAAGGAGACAACCCCCGACGUCAACUCGGCCAACGAGGAGGAGAUGCCGGAUGCGCCAGCGGCGGCGCCAGCGGCAGCGGCGGACGAGCGCACAUCGGCCCUGGAGCUGGCCAGCGACCACUGGCUCCCGACGGUGCCGAAGCCUACCGUUGUGACCGGCGAGAACCCGCUGACGGCGGACAGCGACCUUAAGGCGGACGGCCUGUUCAAGCGCCAGUGGUACAACUUCUUCAGCAACCAGACCAUCUUUGUCUUCUUCAGCGUCUUCCACACGCUGUACAAGCGGCUCAAGGGCGUCAAGGAGAGCCGCGAGAGCGUGCUGCAGGAGCUCGCCCGCGAGAACGCCGAGAAGCCCGGCCGGGCGCUCGGCAUGAUGCAGGAGCCCUUGGCCUUCUUUGACGCCAAGAACCCCGAGCAGUUCUGGCCGCAGACGGUCGAGCUGAUCGAAGACUUUUUGACGGGCGAGAUUGAGGAGAGCCGCUACUUUGACGUGCUGCGCCACUACUACCUCAACAAGGGAUGGACGCUGUACACGAUCCAGGACCUGCUCAAGACGCUGUGCCGGCAGGCGCUUGUGUGCAGCGGCUCCGACUCGCGCGAGAAGACGCCCGACCUCGUGCAGCAGUUCCUCACGAGCCGCCAGCAGGACGAGACGAGCUACGAGAUGGAGAUUAGCGCGCGCCGUUUCGCCGAGAAGUGCAUCAAGGACGGCGAGAUGUUCCAAAUCACCUGGUACCCGGCCAAGAACGAGGCUGCCGUGCGCUGGCUGCAGCGCGACGAGCCGACUUUCAACGCCGACACCAUGGCCCUGCAGGACCGCUGGCAGUACUACAUCUCGACGUACAUGCGCAUCGAGCCGACCGAAGGCGUUGAUCGAUCACGCCUGCGCAAGUCGGUGCUCUCGCGCAACCUGCCGUCGGCCAACGAGAACGAAUCGGACAAUGGCGACGGCCGCAAGGCCGUUGCCUUUCACGAGGGCCUUGUUAUGCGGGUCUGCCUGAACUCGUUCACGCUUGUCUACGAGAAGAACUCGAGCGAGUUUUUCAUCUACAACCACGACCACGAAGCGGAGGAGGAGCUCGAGGACGACGACCAGGACGGCGAUGCCGCGGCCGCCUCCGCCGCUGGCGCCGCCGCGGCCACCGCGGCCGGUACGGACGCACAGGCCGACGAGGCCGAGGCCGAGGGCGACGCCGACGAGGCUGGCAAGGACAAGAAGACGGCCAAGAAGGCUGCCAAGAAGGAUGCCGACGGCGCCGACGACGAGGGCGGCAAGGGCACGUCGUCCAACAACAAAACCAGCGCCGACGGGACUGCCGAUGGAAUUGCCGACGGCGCCGGCGCUGAUGUGGGCGCCGACUCGGACGGCAAGGCCCAACAGAAGAAGCUGGCUGCCCAGGCUGCUCGCCGUGCCGAGCAGCGCCGCCAGCGCCUCAAGCACAAGGAGGACCAGGCACGCCGGCGCCAGCAGUACCGCGAGCAGCGCUUCCGCGAAAAGUUUGUCAUUAACAACGCGUGGAUGAAGAACAAGACGCAGGAGGAGGUCCGCAGCCAGACCGACAAGUUCUUGCGGUGGGUGUCCGAGGGCGCGCUGCCCAACGGCGACUCGGUCGCGCCAGCCGCUGCCGGUGCCGGCGCCGGCGCCGGCGCGUCCUCGUCCAACGGUGCUUCGUCGUUGCCCGCUGCGGCGGGUGCUGCGUCGUCGGCGACCGCCGCCGACAAGACCAAGGCCGAGGCCGCCGACGGUGUUGCGCCAAUGGACACAGCCGAGUAG